AUGGGAUCCAACACCGGUCGGACUGUCAAACUUCCUUUGGUGCCCCUGGCGAAGGGCUUUGUGCUAUUGCCAGGUGUCACUUUGCGCAUUCCAGUCUCCAACCGCCCAGACCUGACUAACUUACUGUCAUCUCUGGUCGACCGACCUGCGAAGCGCGAUGGCAACACCAUCACCUUCGGCUGUGUACCUCUUGCCUCGCCUUUCUUAAGCCGUGAUGGACAACAGCUGCUGGAGGGCGAUCAGUCGGAAACCGGAGGAAAGGACGACUACGACUCAAUCGACGCUGGUCAAGCGCGUAAGGACGAUCUGUUCCGCCAUGGUGUGGUUGGAAAGGUCAUCGGCGUUCAGCGUCGGGCGUACGCGGAGCCCUUCUUGCUGGUACAGGGCUCUCAGCGUUUCACUAUCAAGAAGGUUCUGAAAGAUCGUCCGUUUUUCGAGGCGGAAGUGCUGCUGCACGAUGAGACUUCAUCAACCCUUCAUGGCGACCCCGAGGCUGCCGACUUGUUUCAACAAUUGCGACAGCUCUCUCGCGAACUUCUGACUCUUCUCCGCCUUUCCUCCCUUCUCUCGGCUGCUUCCAAUCGAGUUUCACCACUUGUCGCGCGAAAGUUUGAAUUAUACAUCUCUAACUCAGAAUUGGGUCACGCGGGAAGGCUUGCUGACUUUAUGGCCGACGUCUCCGAUGCAAGUUACGAGGAGAAACUGCGGAUCCUGGCAUCAUUCGAUGUUAAGCUGCGCUUGGAGCGCGUGGUAGAGAUCCUCACCCGCCAAGCUCAACAUAUCAAGAGCAGUGUCAAGGUGACAUCUAUCACCACCACCUUCCCCUCCAGCUCGAGUGUUGAUAUUAGUCAGAUCGAUCCUCGAGACCGGGAGAUUCUAGCGCGUCGGGCCAUGCAAGGUCUAUCAGGCCUCACGCCGCCUGCGCCCGCUGGUCGUCGAAACAACGAUAACGAAGAGAAAGAACCAAAUGAAAUUGAUGAGCUGGCGCAGAAGUUGCAGGACGCGCAACUCAGUCCUGAGGCACAGAAAGUUGCAGACAAGGAGUUGAAACGAUUACGCAAGAUGAACCCGGCCAAUGCCGAAUAUGGGGUUUGCCGUACAUACCUGGAGAACCUGGCUGAGAUUCCCUGGGCCAAGGUUACGGAAGACCAGUUGGGCCCGGAGACUUUGGCACGAGCCCGCAAGCAACUUGACGAAGACCACUAUGGUCUGGAUCGGAUCAAGAAGCGUUUGUUGGAGUAUCUCGCGGUACUGCGGUUGAAGCAGAACACCAACGCCGAUGUGGAACGGCAGAUCACGACUCUUACUAGAGAGCUUGACACGACGUCCACUGAUGAUCUGGAGCCCGACUUGCCUCUGGCCGCAGGGAGCGAUCGGGUUGCGCUGGAAGCUCGCCUUGAGCUUUUGAAAGCAAAGCGCACUACUGACAAGUCUCCCAUCUUGCUUCUUGUCGGUCCUCCAGGUACUGGAAAGACGAGUUUGGCUCGAUCGGUCGCUGCUUCUCUUGGCCGCAAAUUCCACCGAAUUUCUCUCGGUGGUGUCCGUGAUGAGGCAGAGAUUCGAGGUCACCGGCGCACUUAUGUCGCCGCCAUGCCUGGUCUUAUUGUGAAUGGGCUCAAGAAAGUCGGUGUUGCGAACCCUGUCUUUCUACUUGACGAGAUCGACAAGAUCGGUGGUGCCAAUUUCCAAGGCGACCCCUCGGCGGCGAUGUUGGAGGUCCUGGACCCUGAACAGAACCACACCUUUACUGACCAUUAUAUCAAUAUCCCCAUUGACCUAAGCAAGGUGCUUUUCCUGGCGACGGCCAACUCACUUGAUACAAUCCCUGCUCCUCUACUUGACCGCAUGGAGACAAUCUCACUCUCAGGAUACACGACAGUGGAGAAGCGGCACAUCGCCAAGCGUCACCUUAUUCCUAAACAGAUUCGCACCAACGGCCUCGCAGAGAACCAGAUCAGUUUGUCGGACGAAGUCAUCGACAAGACCAUCACUGCCUAUACUCGCGAGUCCGGUGUGCGUAAUCUGGAGCGUGAGCUUGGAUCCAUCUGCCGUUACAAAGCCGUCCAGUUAGCUGACGCUGGAGACACGGAUCGAUUGGGAGAGUAUAACCCCAACGUGACUGUCGAAGACUUGGAGGAGAUUCUGGGCAUCGAGCGUUUUGAGGAGGAAAUUGCCGAAAAACACGGACGGCCUGGUGUGGUUACAGGUCUGGUGGCCUACUCAAGUGGUGGUCAGGGAAGCAUUCUUUUCAUUGAGGUGGCCGACAUGCCUGGCAAUGGGCGUGUCCAGCUCACUGGCAAACUCGGUGAUGUCCUCAAGGAAUCCGUUGAGGUAGCUCUUACAUGGGUCAAAGCCCAUUCAUUUGAACUAGGCCUGACUCACGACCCCAACGAAGACAUCAUGAAGAGUCGCAGUCUUCAUGUUCACUGCCCGUCUGGAGCGAUCCCCAAGGACGGACCCUCUGCCGGUCUCGCUCAUACUGUAGCUCUUAUUUCCCUCUUUACCAACAAGGCAGUCCCGCCACAAAUUGCCAUGACUGGCGAGGUCUCCCUCCGCGGUCGGGUUAUGCCUGUUGGAGGCAUCAAGGAAAAGCUCAUCGGUGCUUUGCGUGCUGGCGUCAAGACCGUGCUUCUGCCCUAUCCGAAUCGGAAGGAUGUCAAGGACGUUCCUCAGGAAGUGAAGGAUGGAUUGGAAAUAAUAUACGUCCAGCACAUAUGGGAAGCUCUGCGUCACAUUUGGCCCGAUGCCCACUGGCCCGGCCAGCACCAGCCGACCUUUGUGGAGAGCCGACUCUAG